CCCAACCAAAGGAGCAGUGUGACUACUACGGCAAGUGUGGGCCUAAUGGCAACUGUGGUGCAAACUAUGCAGAUCAGUUCGACUGCACAUGCCUGCCUGGCUUUGAGCCCAAGUCUCCGGGCGUCACUGUGUAGAAGUGGGGAAGGUUUCGUGAAGGUGGAACGAGUGAAGUUGCCUGACACUUCAACAGCCCAUGUCGACAUGAACCUAAGCUUGAACAAGUGUGAGCAGGAAUGCUUGAGUGAUUGCAAUUGCACAGCUUAUUCGAGUGCAAAUGAAACUAUGGGGGAAUUCGGAUGCCUUAAAUGGUAUGGAGAUUUAAUGGUUACAAGAGAAUAUUCAGAUUUGGGUCAAGAUUUAUAUGUGCGGGUGGAUGCAAUUGACUUAGCUCGCUAUAGGAAAAAGAGUACAUUUGUGAAGAAGGCAAUGGUGGCACUAUCGGUAUCUGCACUACUGUUGCUGCUCUUAGGCUCCCUUAUGUACUGCCGUAUGUUGAAGAGGAAAAGAGCAGAUAGAAGAGGGCGUAAUCCUCUUGCUAGCGUUACCACAAGCUCAGCAUAUUUCAAUGAUCUUCCAGGUCUGAAAGACCUCAACAGUGAAGGUAGACAAAAAAAUGAUCUACCACUCUUUGAUUUUAAAACUGUAGCUGCAGCCACAAACAAUUUUUCCUCAGUCAAUGAGCUUGGCCAAGGCGGUUUUGGAUCUGUAUAUAAGGGUGUGAUGAAUCACGGAACAGAAAUAGCAGUUAAAAGACUCUCGAAAUAUUCGGGACAAGGAAAUGAAGAGUUCAAGAAUGAAGUCCGAUUGAUUGCCAAACUCCAACACCGGAAUCUGGUGAAAAUCAUAGGUUGCUGCAUUCAAGAAGACGAGGAACUGUUAAUUUAUGAGUAUUUGCCCAACAACAGCUUGGAUUCAUUCCUUUUUGAUGAUACAAGGAGAUCACUUCUGAAUUGGGAAAAAAGGUUUGAAAUUGCGUAUGGGGUAGCUCGAGGACUCAUGUAUUUACACCAGGAUUCGUCAUUGAGGAUAAUCCAUAGAGAUUUGAAAGCUAGCAAUGUCUUACUGGAUGUUGCAUUGAACCCCAAAAUUUCAGAUUUUGGGAUGGCUAGGAUAUGUGGAGGAGACCAAAUUGAAGGAAAAACGAAGCGUGUGGUCGGGACAUAUGGGUACAUGGCACCAGAGUAUGCUCUGCAAGGCCGGUUUUCAAUAAAAUCAGAUGUCUACAGUUAUGGAGUUCUGUUGUUGGAGAUCAUUACAGGCCAAAGAAAUAAUGGGUGCUAUCAUAUGAGCCCCUUUUGCAAUUUAAUUGGCCAUGUAUGGGAGCUGUGGAAAGAAGGCAAAUGCACGGACAUUGUUGACAGAUCAAUGGACAAUGCAUAUUCUGAGGAAAUGGUAUUGCGGUGCAUUCAAAUCGGUCUCUUGUGCGUGCAAAGAUAUGCAUUGGAUAGACCAACUAUGUCCACAGUGGUUUUCAUGUUGGGGAACGCUGAUGUGUUACUUCCAUCCCCGAAACAGCCAGCGUUCAUCGACGAGAGUGCCCGGCAAUAAUAUUCAGUUGACAUGUAACAGAACAUGUUCUGUUAACGGAGUUACAAUUAGUGUUGUUGAAGCUCGCUAGUCGCAUGCCCUCAUAAGGGAACUGUGUAAUCUACUGAAGUUGAGAAAUGAGAUACUUCCUGUAUGAGUAGAAAGAUGACACCUAAAGGCUAAUGGUGUCAUAUAUGAGGCAAGUGUUCCUGUGCUUAUGAGAAAAGUUUAUAAAUAGAUGAGAUACAAUAGACUUCUGUUAAAAAUUUCCUUAAUUUAUUAAGUGGGCUCAUUCAUUGUCUCAUAACCAGA